GACCACUCAAGCCACUUUAUUAUUAUUCGUGUCUUUUAUAGUCAUUUACUGUUUUUUAUUAGUAAAUAUGCCCAAACGUAAACGUUCUAGGAAAUACGAAGAAGAUUUAGAUUAUUUAAUGCAUAAAGUACGUAAGUUACAACGAAAAAUUCGUGAUGAAAGUGAAAGUGAUUCGGCACGCAGUUCGCCAACUCAGGAGGACGUUAUACCGACACCGUAUAACGAGAUUGAAACAGCAGUGCCCGUUCUGCAGCCAAGUGACUGGUUAUCAGAGGUCCUAGACGAUGAACCUGUGGAUGUUCCACAUAAAGAUCAGCAGACCCUUACCAGCACAAUGACGAAUACUUCAAACUCCAAUGAUGUCCUGCCCCAAGAAGGUGCAAAUACGUCAGCAGUUGACACUGAAGAAAAGAAAUCAACUGAAGAAGAACCAGCAACUUUGGACACGGACAUAUUACAAAUAUUAGGUGAUGACCCUUCAUCUACCGUUAAGUAUGGUAAAGACAUUCGCAAGGAAAUAGCUACUCGCUUCCAACACGGAGCAACUGAGGGCAUUACCAAAGAAAUUCGAAAAGAACUUAUUUCUAAAUAUCCGAUUCCUGCGAACUGCUUGCAUAUGGAUGCUCCCAAGCUUAAUCUGGAGAUAAAAGCUGCGGUCCCAGAAACCAUCGCAAAACGAGACAAAGGCAUCGAAGCUAAACAAAAACAAAUGGCGACCGCCUUAUCAUGCUUAGGCGAAAUUCUCACCAUGCAUCUAAAUUCCAUCAAUAAAGAUAAUGACUUAUUACAAAAGCUCAUCGAUAUCAGUCGCAUUUUAUGCGACAUACAACACGCGGAUAGUGUGACAAGAAGGAAUUUUAUAUUGUUUUCUUUAAAGAAUGAUUUAAAAGAACACCUAGUCAACACGAAGGUGGAUAAUUUUCUCUUCGGUGAAAACCUGGCAGAGACGUUAAAAACUGCAAAGGCUCGCGGCCUUUAA